AUGGCUGCCGGCUCUGCAGAUAAGGAGAACGCUGCUCCUUCUACUUGGGACGCCACCGCCUCGGCUGCUGCGGCGUCUCGGCGGCACGGCUACGCUGUCAAGAGCUGCGGGGUGAAGAAGCGCCCGUCCAGGGCGCGGCGGCUGGUUCGGGCCCCGCUCCGGGACAUCACCAACCUGAUUGAGGCGAUCUCGGCGGUCGCGGGGGCCGAGGCUCCGCUCGGGCAGGAGGUUUCGCGUGCUGCGGCGACGGAGUUGACCAAGCCCGAUGCGGUGCUGCCAGCGGUGGUGAGACUGGCAGCACUGCAGGAUGGAGUCGCUGCUGGCCCCGCGGCGAAGGCGGCCAGAUACUCGCUCCGGAAGGGGUUCAGAUAG